CUGUUAGCUGUUAGCUGCUAGCUGCUAGCUGUUAGCUGUUAGCUGCUAGCUGUUAGCUGCUAGCUUCAUCUCACGGAUCGUUCCCGUCUCAGAAGGGUUCGGGUUCAGUUCUGUUUCGGACCGAGCCCUGAGCUCAGCUCCGAGUCCAGUUAUCCGGUUCGGUUAGCAGCUGUAGCUGUUAGCCGGAGUUAGCAGUUAGCAGUUAGCUGUUAGGAGCUAGCAGUUAGCAGUUAGCAGUUAGCCUCCUCAUGCCGGCGAUGCUGGAGCGGAACCCGGAGGCUGCUGCUCCCGGAGGGAAGAGGAGAGGCAGAGCUCCGACAGCCAGCAGCGGGACCGGGACCGGGACCGGAGCAGCGAACCCCGGAGGGAAGAGUCUGUCCGGGAACGGAACCAGCACCAACACCAACAGCUGCUGGGAGGAAGGAAGCUCCGGAACCAGCAGCGACGAGGAGCAUGGUGGAGGAGGGAUGCGGGUCGGACUGCAGUACCAGGCCGUGGUUCCGGAGUUUGACCCGGAGGUGUCCCAGGCGGCUCAGCUCAGAGAGAACCUGGGCAUGUUGGUGUGGAUCCCCUCCAGCUGUCUGAACCAGACUCAGUUGGACGAGUACAUCGCCAUCGCCAAAGAGAAGCACGGCUACAACAUGGAGCAGGCUCUGGGGAUGCUCUUCUGGCACAAACACAACAUUGAGAAAUCUCUGGCCGACCUGCCAAACUUCACUCCGUUUCCUGACGAGUGGACGGUGGAGGACAGAGUCCUGUUCGAACAGGCCUUCAGCUUCCACGGGAAGAGCUUCCACCGCAUCCAGCAGAUGCUGCCUGACAAGUCGAUGGCCAGUCUGGUUCGGUUCUAUUACUCCUGGAAGAAAAGUCGCAGUAAAACGAGUCUGAUGGACCGACACACCCGGAAACACAAGAGAGAGAGAGACGACAGCGACGAUGAAGUUGAGGACAGAAACGUGAAUCCUCCCAGUGACUCUGAGUUUGAUCCAAAUAAAGAGGACAAGAAGGAGGUGAGUUCUGGAUCAGAGAGGUCAGAGGUCAAACCAGUUUCUGGAUUAAAGACAGGCAGUAAGGCGUCCCAGCGGCUGAAGAAACGUCCUCCCAGAGGAAUGUUCCUGAAUCAGCAGGACGUCGUUUCGCUGUCGUCUUCGUCGGCUCAGGGACUCAUCAGACACCUGGACGGUCAACUGGUGUCCAUCAAAAGACAGAUUCAGAGCAUUAAACAGUCAAAUGGGUCUUUGAAGGAGAAAAUCAGCUCAGGAGUCGACGAGUUCAGACAACCUGAGGUGAAUCAGAAGUUUAACACUCGUUGGACCACAGAGGAGCAGCUGCUGGCUGUACAAGCCAUCAGGAAGUACGGGCGGGACUUCCAGGCGAUCUCAGAUGUGAUUGGUAACAAGUCGGUGGUUCAGGUGAAGAACUUCCUGGUGAACUACAGACGGAGGUUUAACCUGGACGAGGUUCUUCAGGAGUGGGAGGCCGAACACGGGAUGGAGGGGGGAGACGGGGGAGGGCUAGAGGAGGACAAGAUGGAGGACAAGAUGGAGGAGUGUCCUGCUGAGGAGGAGGAGGAGGUCAUUGCCAGGGAGACAAAGGAGGACUCGUCCUCUCCGGUAGACUCCCAGAAGCCUCUGGCCUCCUGACUCUCUGACUCCGCCCCUCUAGUUUUAUGAUGUCAUCAUGAGUUGAUUUCUAUUUUAUUUCUAUUUUAUUUCUAUUUCCUGUGUGCUGGACUCUUAUUGGUCGGGUAUGAGGUUUGAACCAUCAUGAACCCGACAUCACUGCUCUCUCUGGACCAAUCAAAAGCCAGACCUGACCUGUCAAUCAAAAGGGGGCGGGGCCUGUUUUUCUAUUGUAACAAUGUUUCGUGUUUUUAAUCUCUGGAGGGGCGGCCAUGUUUGAUGAUGUCACUCAGGUCGGGGGGGCGUGACAAUAAAACCAAAGUUCAUCAAUAAAUCA